AUGGAUAUAUCCCUCACUCUCUACUUGUUUUUUUUUUCAGUUCUUUUAUGACCUGACUCGUACUACCUACUCUGUACAUACAAGAUGAAUAAAGGCUCCACUGCUUCUGAUGGCACAGUUAGCAUAGCCUGUGCUAAGUGUGGCCAGAUGAGUAAAAAAGAGUCUAGUGGUAAAAUUCUGAGCCAUGGAGACUGCAUGGGCAAACAAAGGCUGGGACAAGCCUUAACACACAGCCAGGAGCCCAGAGAGCUGCCUAUGCCACCAGUCUCCACCUCCAGUGUCAUGCACACUGCUCAUCAGAGGCGGUGGUCAGCUGACUUCAGUAAGUGUGGGAGCCCACGUGUCAUUACUGUGAAGAAGAACAAGAAAAAGCCACAGACUCCUCCGCGUAGAGGGUCUCUUGUCAAACCUCACGCAGCAUCUGAUUCGUUAUCCAAGCGCUACUCCUGCCCCCCCUUGGGACUUUUGAGCUCACCAUCCUCUUCCUCCUCUUCUUCCACCACCUCAUCCUGCUCCUCUCCUCCUCCCGUACAGACCUCCGUCAUCACUGGCCCCGACCCUCUAGGUUGGAAGUUGUGUCCAAAGUCGAGCUCCACCACUACCCAGGCUCGCACCAACAGGCUGUCUCUGCAGAUCUCCCUCCCUGUCGUCUUUCCAGACAACAAACCCAGGCCUGUCCCAAACUCUAAACCAGAUAACUCCCUUAAUCAAGACCCCUCCCUGAAAAUCAAACCCCCUCUCAAAGCAACACCAUCAUGUCGGCACCACUCAGAGUCUUCAGCCUUCCUCAGGUCUCUGGUGACACCUCAGCUUGUGGUGACACUUGAGGAACUCUGUAGCAUGCAUCUCCACCCAAUCGACCUCUCAGACGAGCCCGAUGACGUCUUCAGUGACGGGAGUGAAGUGGAGUCGAAGGUGACCCCUCAGCGAAAAAUACCGCCACCGGUUCCAGAAAAAACCUUCAUGGCCAGACAAAUAGCAAAGCUGAUUGCUCAAUCGUCGCAGCGCUGUGCAUCUGUUACCACGACUACAGAAGCAGACAUUUAUAGAAGCGCGAUGAGGCCAAAGCCUAAACAAGCACAGCAGACUGACCUGCAUGCCCCGAAAUCAGCAGGACUGCAUCUGGACACGAGUUCCACUCCACGCUUCCCUGGCAGAGAAAUCUGAACCUCCAGCCUUCAUCCCCAAACCUCCAACACCGUUUACCAUCAAGCAAAUAAUUCACAGAUGGUGCAUGUACAUUCGUGAGGAUGGGACACCAUGGCCUCAUCUUAGGUCUUAUUUUAGUGUUUUGUUCAGUAUUGUGUUUUUUUUCUCUGCUGCAAAUAUCUGCUGACUUCUCUCUAGAGCAGGAGCACACAUGAGCUACGGAGCAGGAGAUUCUCAGGUGAGGUGCACGCAUUCUGAUUGGGUACAUGUCGGAGGUAAAAUUAACCUGGGUCUGGAAAGAAUAAAAGCUGGCAUAAUGCUGAGCAAAGUACCAUCUGUGCUGUGAAAGCUUACAGAAUACAGGUUUGAAAAAUGGUAAUGUGCAAACUAAUCAUAUCUGGUGUGCAAAGGCCUUUAAUCUGAAGUCACAGAAAAAGGCCAGGAGUGGUUAAGUCUCUGUUCAACCUCUGCUCAAGUUUGAAUAUAAAUUAUUAUUAUCAUUAUUAUUAUUAUUAGAGUGGGAUGAAAAAUUAUUUAAGUGUUGCCGCCAAAUGAACCAAUCGGUAACCAAAUAUAUGAUGACUCCUGGAAAGCACAGUGUAAUAUGGUCCUAUAAUACAAGCAAGUGGAGCCAGUGUUGUUCUGCCUUCCAAGCUGUGAUGAAGACCUUGACAUGUGGCUGAAAGCUAGAAAAAAACACGUGAUGUGUUCAAUGCUAAGAAACAAUCGUAUUUCCUGAAAGAUCAGGGUUUUUUUUGUUUUUCUUGUUGUAAGGUUUUAUAUGUCCUGUCAAAACUUUGUUAUG